AUGGCUCCCGACAAGUAUCGUAACCCUCCUCAGGCACCGCCUCUGUUCACCGCCACCCCAGAAUCGAUCGCCGCCGAUACCAAGAAGCUUUGCGAUGCUACGAAGAACGUGUUGGACUCUGUAACUGCGAAUGUCACUGCCGACAAGGCCUCUUUUGCCAAUGUGCUUGAGCCCAUCCUCGUUGACGAGAACUUGGCUGCUACGCAGAGACGCAUCUUGACCUUCUAUCACCAUGUUUCCACCAACAAGGAGCUUCGCGAUGCCUCUACUGAGGCCGAGAGCGCCUUCAAUGACUUCGGUAUUGAAUGCAACAUGCGGGAGGACGUUUUCAACGCCGUCGACGCUGCCUACGCCAACCGAGAAUCCCAGGAUCUCACCAAGGAGCAGGCGCACGUUCUUGAGAAGGAGCGGCAGAAGUACAUUCGAAACGGUCUUCGACUACCCGCUGGUCCCAAGCGAGACCGCUUCAAGGAGAUCCAGAAGCGUCUGAGCGAGCUUGAGAUAAAGGCUCAGAAAAACCUUAACGAAGAGAAGGGUGCCAUCUGGUUCACCCCCGAGGAACUCAAGGGAGUUCCUUCUGACGACAUCGACAUUGAUUCCCUGGAGAAGGGUACUGGCGAGAAUGAGGGCAAAGUCAAGCUGUCCUUCAAGUACAACCAUUACUUCCCCCUCAUCAAGUAUGCUAUCGACGCCGAUACCCGCCGCAAGUACACAAUCGCGGAAUCCAACAAGGCGAAUGUCAAUGUUCCUAUCUUCCAAGAGAUCAUCACCCUCCGAGAUGAGGCCGCUCGCCUUCUCGGUUACGACAACCAUGCCGCUCUGCGCAUUGAAGAAAAGAUGGCCAAAACUCCUGCUGCUGUUCGCACUUUCCUGGACGAUCUUCGAAACAGACUGGCCGAAGGCGGUGCGAAGGAGAUCAACGCACUGAAGGAGUACAAGAAGAAGGACUACGAGGAGCGCGGCCUUUCAUUUGACGACAGCUUCUACAUGUGGGACACAUCGUUCUACUCCAGAAUACAAAAGGAGAAGGAGUAUAGUGUCGACGAAGCUGCCAUCUCACAGUACUUCCCUGUUGAGUCGACAUUUGCUGGCAUGCUUAAGAUUUUCGAGGAGAUUUUCGGCUUUGUGUUUGUCGAGCUCAAGCCUGAUGAGCGAGCGAGACUCAGCCCCACUGGCAAGGCCGAAGACAUUGUGUGGCAUGAGGAUGUUUUGAUCUACAGCGUGUGGGACGAUGAGGCUUCGGGCUCAAGCUUCAACGGUUACCUGUACCUGGAUCUUCACCCCCGUGACAACAAGUAUGGCCACAACGCCAACUUCAACCUCGAACCUGGUUAUGUCACUGAGGAUGGCAAGAAGCAUUACCCCGUCACUGCUCUUGUCUGCAAUUUCAGUAAGCCUACACCAAAGAAACCUUCUCUGCUCAAGCAUCAUGAAGUUGUGACCCUGUUCCACGAGCUGGGCCAUGGCAUUCACGACUUGGCUGGCCGCACCCGCUACAGCUACUUCCACGGAACUUCUACGGUGCUCGACUUCGUUGAAGCUCCCUCUCAAAUGCUGGAGAACUGGUGUUGGACACCUAGCGUGCUUAAAUCGCUUUCCAAGCAUUGGGAGACCCAGGAGCAAAUCCCCGACGAGCUUAUCGAGAAGCUUGUCUCAACCAAGCGUCUCAACUCCGCUAUAGGUGCACUGGGACAGCUUGUUAUUGGACUCUUUGACAUGACUGUGCACACGCCCGAGUCCCAUGAGGCUGUCAAGAAGCUCAAUGCUGGCCGAGUUUGGAACACUCUUAGGCAUGAGAUCUCUGGCACCAAAGGCCCUGAAGAUCUGGGUGAAGGAUUUGAAUGGGGUAACAGGCAUGCCGGCAUUGGCCACUUCAUUGGCGGGUACGAUGCUGGUUACUACGGCUACCUCUACUCAGAAGUGUUCUCGCUCGAUAUGUUCCACUCGUUCUUCGCCAAGAACCCAAUGGACCGCAAGGAGGGUCGCCGGUAUCGCCAUACCGUUCUCGAGAGAGGUGGUAGUAUUCCAGAGUUGGAAUUCUUGAGGGAGUUUCUGGGCCGAGAGCCUAGUUCGGAAGCUUUCUAUAAGGAGCUUGGACUUUCUUCAUCCGCGUAG